AUGCUUCAAAAUCAUUUGAAUCAAUGUAUUGUGACAGUUCGUACAAAUUGUCCUAAUGGUUAUCUGGAAACACUUACAGAAGAAAAUGACGAAGAUGCAGAAAUGACAUGUCAUCAAAAUCAGCUUAAUCAUUCAACUCAUCAUUCUGCUUUAAUGACCAGUAAUAAUACGUUAGCAUCAUCCAAUAAUGAUGAAACAUUUAAUUGUCCGAUUGAAUCUAAUGGUCAAUUAAAAAUGGAACCACAAAUUAAGAAGAAUUAUUAA